AUGGUAGCGCGGAGCGAGGUUGGUCGGCCUGCCUGCGAUACCGCUGUGCAUUUCUCCGCAGCGUCUGCGACGGACGCCGACACGGCCACAGAGGCCGCAGACGAGACUGGUUGGAAGCUGGUCAGCGGAUCGCCGCUCGAGAGCUGGGCGAUCAUCGUGACGGAGCUGCUGCGACUGGCGAGGCGCCGCACCAGGUGGCACUGCGAGGGCGAGGCUCUCAAGGCCAUCAAGGCUCGCGGCCGCGAGGCACUCGCCCAGGCGCAGCAGCAGCAGCAGCAGCAAGUCAUCCAGCGGCUGGCGGCCCAGGCGGAGUCCGCCGAGGCCAGAGUGCAGGCGGCAGAGGCUAUGGCUCAGGAGGCCCGAGGUCAAGAGCAGCAGCGAGCAGCAGCCCAGCCUGGUGGCCCGCCGCAGGAGACAAACAUAUUGAUUGACACACGGGUCCUCGGCAAGCCUAGUGACUUCAAUGGCGAGCCUGGGACCUGGCGCGACUGGAGUACGAUUUUCCGAGCCUAUGCCAGCGCGUGCGAGCCAGCCCUGAAGGGCGCCAUGGACAGGGCUGAGCAUGCCGACACGCCAGUGCUGAAUGCAACGCUGCCCGACGACCAAGUGCGCCUCAGCAGCCAGCUCUACUAUAUGUUGGUCAUGCUGAACAAAGGCCUCUCGUUAGACCGCAUUGUCAGUGCAGGAGUGAACGAGGGGCUGGAGGCGUGGAGAACUCUGGUCACCUUCCACGAGCCUCAGAGCCGCACUCGGGCAGCAGGGCUCCUUCAGGAGCUACUCUCGUGGGACUUCGAAGGUGACGUCCCCUCGAAGCUGAUCGCGUUCGACAGGAAUGUCAAGCGCUACGAGCAGGCUGUGGGUGCAGAGUUCCCCGAUGAGAUCAAGAUAGGCAUCCUGGUCCGCUCGCUCAAGGAGGGCCCGCUGCGUCACCACCUGCUUCUCAACAGCCAGCGGCUGAACACCUGGGAGCUCGUGAAGGCCGAGGUCGAGAACCUCAGGCGGGCCCAGAUUGCGACGACGGCGAGUACUGGCACAGGCCCGACCCCGAUGGACAUCGACUCUCUGGCGCGGCAGCUGGCCGCUCUUGGCUGCAAGGGUGGCAAGAACGGCAAGGGCGGCAACGGCAAGGGCAGGAGCGGCAAGGCCGGCAAAGGCAAGGGCUCCGACGACCUGCCUACCAAGCCGCCAUGCUGGACUUGUGGUUCGACAGCGCAUCUAGCCAAGGACUGCCCGGUCGCCAAGAAGUCUGGCGCCCUGGGCGAGAUGGGCGAGCCUGAGCCUCCUGAGGGCUUGGGUGGCCUCUUCCUGGCGGCGCUCGACCUGUCGGCCAUGUCCUCGAGCUGUGAGACGGUGCGCUUCGGGGUCGACUCAGGCGCGGCGGUCACAGCGAUCCCGCGCGCGCUGGGGGCCGACUACCCGAUCACGGAGAAGCCGUCGGGGGCGCAGUACCUCUGCGCGACGGGCGAGCCGAUCCAAGAUGAGGGUCAGCGCAAGCUCAUGGUGCAGACUGGUGGUGCGCUACGGGGUAUCAGGGCCCGUGUCACGGGCGUCAGGCGGCCGCUGCUCUCGGUCUUCGACCUCGUGAAGAGCGGCCGCCGCGUGGUCUUCGAGCAGGACCAGCACGGGAACGACAUCGGCCACGCGGUCCACAUCGAGAGUGGCAAGACCGUCCGCUUCACGCGGAGGCAGCGCACCUGGGACCUGGACGCGAGCAUCGUGCCAGCGAAGGAGGUGAGCCAGAUGUCCCAGACCUUCGUGAGGGAGCUGCCGCUCUGCUCGGUCGAGGGUUGCCGUGGCUGCAGCCAGCCGCAGGACAAGAAGCGCUUGUGCCUUUUCGGGCGGCAGGAGUGGUACCUCAUGGAGUUGAUGAUGGACAAGUUGCGACCAUCGAGAGUCACCUCGGCGCUGCCGCAGGUGAUCCUGUCCCGCCAGGUGGAGCUGCCGCGGCAGGGGACGACGGAGUUGGAAGUGCGAUCGAGCUCGAGGGUGACGCCGAGGAGCGCCGCGAAUCUCAGCCCGCUCCAGUGCGAGCACGACGGGGGCCGAAGAGCGCACGCCAUACCUACGUUUGCAGUUGAUUACGGAUACCUCGUGAAGCGGGAGGAGGUGGAAUCGGGCCAGUCCGUGCUCCCCAUCCUCGUCGGCAUUGACUCAGCCACCUCGCGGGUCAGCGCCGACGUCCCCCCGUCCAAGGGCAUCCAGCAUGAGUGCAACGUGGCCCGCGCCUUCUGCCAGGUGGAGGCGACCGGCCACCCGAAGAUCAUCUACAAGUCCGAUGGUGAGGGUGCCUUGGUGGCGCUCCAGCGAGAGGCGACGAUUCGCCUCAGGAAUCUGAAGAUCGAGGUCGUGCCCGAGGAGGCGCCGGCCUACGACAGCGCCAGCAACGGCCUGGCCGAGGUAGCAGUGAGGGAGGUCAAGGGCGUGUCACGGUCUCUGCGAGUCGCCCUGCCCCUGCUGCACGGCACUGACAUCCCGAACGACCAUCCAGUGCUGACCUGGCUGGUUGCUCACGCUGCGGGGUGUAUCAAUCGUGGCGUGAUCGGCGCCGAUGGACGGACGCCGCGCGAGAGGCACAAGGGCAAGGCCUUCCGCAAGGUGCUCCCGCCUUUCGGUGAGAUCAUCGCGCCCCCCCCGAGUGCGAGGCGCGACACCAAGUUCGUGGAGCGCUGGAAGAUCGGAGUCUUCCUGGGCGUCAUCGAGAAGUCGAGCGAGAUGCUCGUCGGCUACGACGGCAGGGUCGUACGCGCGCGGUCUAUCAGGAGGAGGCCGCCGAGUCAGCGGGCUGAUGCAGCCCCGUUGCUUUCGAUCAGGGGCGCGCCAUGGAUGCCGACCCCGGACAAGCCAGAGAACGUUCGCAUCUCGACGGUCAUUGACGAGCCUCCUGUCGACCCAGCUGCACAGCAGCCGAGGGUUGUGCCAGAGCAGGUCCCAGCUGAACCUCGGAACGCAUACAUUCGCAGGAACGUGGAGCUGGCCAAGUACGGCUUCACAGACGGGCGCCCGGGCUGCCCCGCGGCCCGCACCAACGCAUCAGCCAAGGCCCGCAGCUCGGAGCGCCGUGAGCGCAUCCAGCAGGCCAUGGCGAACGACCCGGAGCUUGCCCCCCGAGUCUUUGGAGCGGCGGCUCGCCAACUGGAGGCUGCUGACAGGGCGCCUGCGCGCCAGGAGGGCGCGAGCUCUGGAGCACUGCCUCAAGCAGCCAGCCCGGCUGAGGCGCCGAUGGAGAUCGAGCGACCUGGCCGACGAGCUGCUGAGCGUCGAGGCUCGCCCGCGGAGUUGCCGCAGGCAUCGAGGCGCCGCCUCGCGGCGCCAGGCGCCAGCCACGCCUCAGGCGCAGGCUGCUGGGCCGAGCGGGCUCCUCCAGGCGCCGCCUGGAGCUGGGGUCCCAUGGACGCGGACUCCCUGGAGCUCUGCGCGCUGCUGGCAGCUUUCGGCGACUGGAGGGUGGCCGUCAGCGAGCUCUACGGACCAGUGCGGUUCACAUCUCGGUCGAGUGCGUUCGACCUCGAGCCCGGCGCAGCCUACGACAUCAGGACCAGUUACGACUUCAGCCAGGAGGGCGACAGGCAGCGGGCGCAGGCCACCAUCGAGCUGGAGCAGCCACUGCUGAUCACUGGCAGCCCGAUGCGUGCGCCGUGGUCGAACCUGCAGGCCCUCAAGCUCAUCCAAGGUGUGGACGUCAACGCCAUCAUGGAGCGAGGCGUUGUCCACCUGGUCUUCUGUGCCGAGCGUUACAAAGAGCAGAUCAAGGCUGGCCGCCUCUUCUUGCACGAGCAGAAGCCCACGGGAUGGUUGACCAACUCCGCUGAGAUAGCCCGAGAGCUGACGCGUCGGUGUCCUGGGUGUGCUAGGCACUGCCAGACGGUCGGCCUAGGUCGGCGUGGCAUGCGCAUCAUCGAGCGGCACCCGCCAAAGCUUGUAGCUGCGGUGCUGCGUGGGCUGCGUCGUGAGGCGAUCGCCCGCGGCCAGCUGGGUGCGCUGGAGGCCGGGCCGCACCUGGGCGAGCCACCGAUCUGGGACGCCUACCCCGAGUACUACACGGAGAUCGUCGACAACAUCAGCGGGGCCGCUUUGGACCCCGAGCUCGUGGCAGCUGGCCGCAAGGAGGAGAUGGAGGCCGGGCGCGACCCGGCGCCCAUGAUCUGGCUGGACGUCAACAAGGGUGACGACCGCAAGCCCAACGUCCGCUGCAGGCUGUGCGUGGCGGAGACACGCUACCGCACGAGCAUGGACCUGGGGGGCCCAUCGCAGACGUUCAGUGCGACACCCCCGCAUGAGGCUCUCAGGAUGUUGGUUUCCUUCUGCUGCUCGCCCAGGAACGCCGAGGAAGACCAGCAUGUCCUCAUGUUCCUGGACAUCACUAGGGCCCACCCGCACUGCGAGAUGAAGCGGAAGCUGUGGGUGAAGCUUCCCGCGGAGGACCCUCGCUCAGCUGACCCCGGCGUGUGUGGGCUGCUGGUCAGGUGCCUCUACGGUUGUCGCGGCGCGGGCCAGAACUUCGAGCUGUUGGUCCGUGAGACGCUGGAGGGCAAGAUGGGCUUCUCCUGUGGCGCGUGGUGCCCCUGCAUAUACCGCAGAGGCGACGGCAAGCUCGCGGCCUACGUUUACGGCGACAACUUCGCGCUGAAGGGCCCCCGCACCGACAACCUGGAGUUCUACCGCGAGCUGCAGAAGUACAUGUGGGUCAAGCUCGAGGGCAUGUUGGGGCCCAACAAGAGUGCUGGUGAUGUUCAGGAGGUGGUCUGCCUGAACCGCGUCUUCCGCUGGACCUCGAGAGGUGACGUGGAGCUCGAGGCUGACUCCCGCCACGCGUUCAUCAUGAUGCAGCAGCUGAACCUCUGGCGCGGGUCAAAGGCCCUCUCGACGCCAGGAGUGAAGGCCAAGAGCGUGGACCGUGGCAGGGUCCUGGAGGGCGAGGAAGCGACUCGCUACCGCAGCCUAGUCAUGCGAGCCAGCUAUCUCAGCGAGGACCGCCCGGACAUCAAGUACGCAGUCAAGGAAGCAGCGAAGUGCAUGCACGAGCCGUGCGAGCACGGCAUGGAGCUAGUCAAGAGGAUUGCCAGGUAUCUCCUGGGUCGUCCUAGGCUGGUUCAGAGGUCCCGACGCCAACGAUGGUCAGGUGUGCUCAAGGGCUUCUCGGACAGUGACUUCGCCGGCUGCCUGGAGACCAGGAAGAGCACGAGCUGUGGAGUCUUCCAGCUGGGAGGUCACAUGAUUCGGGUCUUCAGUGCGACCCAAGGCAGUGAGGCUCUCAGCUCAGGUGAGGCCGAGUGGUACGCUUUAGUGCACACCGCAUCCUGCGGGAUCGGCCUAGUCUCGUUGGCGCGUGACAUGGGAUACGAGCUGGAGCUAGAUUUGGCCGGCGACGCUACGGCCGCCAGUGGGAUCGCGCACCGCCGAGGGGCAGGGCGCAUCCGACACAUCGAGACAGAGACUCUCUGGCUCCAGCGUCAUGUAACCGAGCGUCGAGUCAUCCUUUCCAAGACGCCCGGUAAAGUCAAUGUGGCAGAUCUCGGCACGAAGCAUCUGGCGCAAAAGGAGCUGGAUGAGAUGCUGGGACUGUUGGGAUUUUUCGUGGCUGCGGGCAAGUCUGACCUCUCUCUCGCGGUCGCAGGCAACUUGCUUGAGCCUGACCCAGCUUGCGAGCCCGAGGGCAAAGAAGAGGUGCAGGCGUGA